GGAGGGUCAGUCUCUAGUCAGCCGUCGUCAGGGCAGCGUGUACACCGCCUCGCUCCGCGCACUCCUCCUUCCACCCUCCUGCUCCAGCCAGGAUUGAUUUUAGUGUGCCUUGAUAAAACUCGCGCCCCAACCCGCCCCCCUCAAGGAUUAUGCAUUUGCGCGUCAGGACUACGACAGUGAACGGUACUUUGAAACAGUAGUGAAGAACUGUUCUUAACUAGUGGAAUAGGUUUUGUUUAAAAGACAGAAGAGCAAAAAGUACUCCAAUCGGGCACAGUGUUGUUAGUACAUGUUACAAAACUGUACUGUACUGUAACUCUCCCUGGAUGUACUGUACCACAAGCAGGGGCCCCCAGCCACUGUGAUGCCUGCCCUGUGUAUUGAAGAGUACGCCGCUGAACCCACUGUCACUUGCUACACAGCGGGACCCAUUUUCAAGAAAAUGAAAGUCUUGAAGAAAUUCAAGAGACGCAUGGGAUUAACUGGUCGUGGGUCGGGGUCGUCUAACCUGCCGCCGCUGACAUUUCACCAAGUAUGUGGCGACAACGUGCGCAUCUCCAACGACGGCAAGGUUGCGCGUAGGGCAGAGAGCUUCUGCAAGGGCAUUGCCUUCUCCAGUCGCCCCAUCAAGAUAGGCGAGCGCGUCUGCUUGCGUCUUCUGGAAGUGUCCACUAACUGGUCGGGAGUCAUCCGCUUUGGGUUUACGUCACAGGACCCGGCUGGCCUCCGUGACGCACUCCCAAAGUAUGCCUGUCCUGACCUGACCAACAAGCCGGGCUACUGGGCCAAGGCUCUCGGUGAACGCUUCGCCGAACAAGGCAGUGUUCUUUUUUACUAUGUCGACUCUACCGGAGAUGUUCACUUUGGUAUCAACGGUGAAGAGAGAGGCGUGUUCUUCGGUGGCGUAGACACACGCUCACAACUCUGGGGUCUGUUCGACGUGUACGGCAACAGCACAGCAGUGGAGUUUCUGGACCCACUCGCCCAGCUCAACAACAGAGUGCGAAUAAUGAAUGAUCUGAGUCCCGGUUCUUCUGCGGCCAACUCUAGAGUGCUGCCUCAGUCGCAAACUCAGGUUCCAUCCCAACAGGCACCACCACCACAAACGCAGCCACCGCAGCCACCAAGACCAGACUCUGGCGUUGACAGGUUACAACCGUCCAUGGCACAGCUGGCAUUGACACCCCGGUCUCCCGACGUCCUACCUCUGCGGCACUACGCCCACACAACCUUCACGCCCCUUCCCUUCCACCGUGUUCGUGGCCGGAACGUACGCAUGAACAACGACCGCACUGUUGCAGCUCGCACAGAGACUGAAUACUCUCAUGGCUACGUCUUCACAGCCCGGCCUCUACGGCCCGGGGAGAAGUUAGUGGUGCAGGUUCUCCACACAGAGGCCAUGUAUGUAGGCGCCCUCGCCUUUGGCUUAACGUCAUCCAACCCAGCUGGAUUAGAACCCACAGACCUUCCUGAAGACUGCGACCUUCUGCUUGACCGUCCUGAAUACUGGGUGGUGAGUAAAGAUGUGGCAGCUUCCCCACAAGCCGGCGAUGAGCUGGCCUUUGCUCUCACACACCACGGCGAGGUUACCUUCUCGCGGAAUGGCGCCACCCCGCAAGUGUUCAUGCACGUGGAUCAUACUCUGCAAUUGUGGGCCUUCUUCGACGUCUACGGCAACACCAGCAAGAUUCGCAGCCUAGGUGUCACCCACGAAACGCAGCAGACUUAUGCACAACAGAAUGCUUCGAAUUCUCCUCCUCGUCGCCCAGAUCCCGUGGGGCGCCCAUCUCAUCCUCAGUUAUCACGGGCAUCACCCCUGGUAGUGAGCUUGCCGCCCAGCCCACCCUCUCCACCCGCCACCCACCCUCACCCAGCACCCCCCGUGCCCUCCUCUCGUGACACGCUCGGCGGUCACGGUACAAUGUCAUCAGUGUACAGUGGUGCCUACAUGGAGCCAGUGUCUGCCACCUCCACCUUGACCUCCAUGGGCGAACUACCAGCCGGUACCGCCCUGCACGAGUGUACUGUCUGCUAUGAGAAACCCGUAGACUCUGUGUUGUAUAUGUGCGGUCAUAUGUGUAUGUGCUACGAGUGUGCGCUGCAACAGUGGCGAGGGCGUGGCGGUGGUCAGUGCCCCAUCUGCCGUGCCGUGAUCCGGGACGUGAUCCGCACCUACCGGUCAUGACGGGGUCCCCCGGACUCCCCAGACCUCACGCCCCGCCCACCACCACCACCCGUGGGUCAACAGCCCUCGGGUCCACGUGUGGACGUGAGUGUGGACGACCCGUGAUACCUGCUCAUACCAAAGGUGGUUUAUAUAGUGCCGCGCCUGGCGCUGGCCAGGGCCGCAAUGUCUAGUCCUGCCCUGCCGCUCAUACCUCGGUAUGUGCUGCGCCCCCCCUCCCCCAUUGUCUAUGUAUGCGAGAUCUGCGUUUGGUGUGGCCCCUGGGUGUUUCGAGCCCAUGUGUGCUUGCGUGUGUAUGUAUGUAUUUGUGUGUACAUACAGUGUAGCCCUGGGUGUUUCCGGCUGCCCCCUACCUCUGGUCUAAGUCAGUUGUGUUAGUGUGUACAUAAGGAAAAGUCCGGUGGGAGGGCACAGUCAGUCCCCCGCCCUCCACCCUUUAUCCCCUGGCCAUCGCCCCCUGCCUGGCCCUCUGUAUAUAGCUCCUCAUUUAUUUAUGGGAGACCCACCCUGUCCUUGUAAACUCUAUCAUUGUUUUUAUACUAUGGGUACCAUGAGAAUAAAUGGUUUUUUAUAUUCAUUCACUGCAUUAUUCAUUUUAUUGUGGAUGGGAAGCCAUUGUUUCAUUCAAUCAUUUCAUCAUCACUUGGAAAAUUAAAUAAAAAUCCAGACGAUU